AUGAAAGAUGAGCAUGCCCUUCUGGCUUACACCCUGGGUGUGAAACUGCUGAUUGUUGGUGUCAACAAAAUGGAUUCCACUGAGCCACCUUACAGCCAGAAGAGAUACGAGGAAAUCGUUAAGGAAGUCAGCACCUACAUUAAGAAAAUUGGCUACAACCAUGACACAGUAGCAUUUGUGCCAAUUUCUGGUUGGAACGGUGACAACAUGUUGGAGCCAAGUGCUAAUAUGCCUUGGUUGAAGGGAUGGAAAGUCACCCGCAAAGAUGGCAGCGCCAAUGGCACCACACUGCUGGAAGCUUUGGAUUGUAUCCUGCCACCAACUUGUCCAACUGACAAACCCCUGCGGCUGCCCCUCCAGGAUGUCAAUAAAAUUGGUGGUAUUGGUACUGUCCCUGUGGGCCGUGUGGAGACUGGUGUUCUCAAACCUGGCAUGGUGGUUACCUUUGCUCCAGUUAAUGUCACAACAGAAGUCAAGUCUGUUGAAAUGCACCAUGAAGCCCUGAGUGAAGCUCUUCCUGGGGACAAUGUGGGCUUCAAUGUAAAGAAUGUGUCCGUUAAAGACGUUAGACAUGGCAACGUUGCUGGUGACAGCAAAAAUGACCCACCAAUGGAAGUCACUGGCUUCACUGCGCAGGUGAUUAUCCUGAACCAUCCAGGCCAAAUUAGUGCUGGCUAUGCUCCUGUACUGGAUUGUCACACUGCUCACAUAGCAUGCAAGUUUGCUGAGCUUAAAGAAAAGAUUGAUCGUCGUUCAGGCAAGAAGCUGGAAGAUGGCCCUAAGUUCUUGAAGUUUGGCAAUGCAGCCAUUGUUGAUAUGGUCCCUGGCAAGCCCAUGUAUGUUGAGAGCUUCUCUGACUAUCUUCCACUUGGUCGCUUUGCUGUUCGUGACAUGAGGCAGACAGUUGCUGUGGGUGUCAUCAUAGCUGUGGACAAGAAGGCUGCUGGAGCUGGCAAAGUCACCAAGUCUGCCCAGAAAACUCAGAAGGCUAAAUGAAUAUUACCCCUAACACCUGCCACCCCAGUCUUAAUCAGUGGUGGAAGAACGGUCCCAGAACUGUUUGUCUCAAUUGGCCAUUUAAGUUUAAUAGUAAAAGACUGGUUAAUGAUAACAAUGCAUCGUAAAACCUUCAGAAGGAAAGGAGAAUGUUUUGUGGACCAUUUUUUGUGUGUGUGGCAGUUUUAAGUUAUUAGUUUUCAAAUUCAGUACUUUUUAAUGGAAACAACUUGACCAAAAAAUCUGUCACAGAAUUUUGAGACCCAUUAAAACAAGUUUAAUGAGAAAAAAAAAAAAAAAGAAAGAAAGAAAA